UGCUGACCUCUACAAUGAGUACAACCUUUAUGAUAUUUACAACAUGUUGUUUUUAUGAUCUUGUAACAUAUUUUUCUAGCUGUCACUCUUCGUUAUGGCUUCCUCCUAUUCGUAUCCUGAAUUAUUUUUGGCGGGUUUUAUAUUUACCUUGCCCUUUCUUUACGAAAAAAGUGAUGUUUUUCGAUAUUACCUGAAGUUUUUUUUAUAUUAUGUAUAUGUGCUAGUGAUUUGCACCGUUUUAUUACCCGUAGUGCUCCUAUAUCCGCGCGACGUAACUAACUUAGUUGUUGCUUCCAGGUUUUGCCGUUAUGCUUCUUAUAUAGUGGGAAUAGAAUGGGAGUUGAGAGGUCUGGAGCACUGGGACAGCGAGCAGUGCUACAUAGUAAUUUCCAAUCAUCAGAGUUCUCUGGAUAUUCUAGGGAUGUUCGAGAUGUGGCCCCGGAUGAAGCGCUGCACAGUGGUUGCGAAGAGGCCACUGAUGUUUACCGGAGCCUUUGGGUUCGGUGCCUGGCUGUCAGGACUGGUGUUCAUUGACCGCCUGAAGACAGACAGAGCACGGCAGCUCAUGAGGGAAGCGACUGAGCGUGUUAUUCAAGAAAAGACUAAACUCUGGGUAUUCCCGGAAGGUGCAAGAUUCAACAAAGGCAGCAUCCAGCCUUUCAAAAAAGGAGCGUUUUACCUCGCCAUUGAUGCUCAAAUACCAAUCAUGCCUGUUGUAUUCAGCCAGUAUUACUUUCUGGACAGUGACACCAAAACUUUUGAACCAGGGAAGGUAGUGAUCACAACUUUGCCACCUAUACCGACGAAGGGAAUGACCCGCGACGACAUCGAGGUGCUCUCGGAGCUGGCGCGCCAGAAGAUGAUAGAGGUAUUUAACGAGAGCUCGAAAGAUCUCGUCAUGCAGAAGAAAAUCGCUAUAUAAUUAAAAGGAGCUCUUACAAAAGACGUAGAAAAAUAAGUAGGCUUAGAGCGAACACUACAUACAAAGGUAAAAAACCGUUAAAUAAGUUUUAACCGAGCUUUGCGAUAACUUCUUUAUAAUAAGGUUUUUUAAGCUUAAGUAUUAAGUUUUAAGCGAGUUUAAAUGUUAUUACUUAUGCGUUUUACCAUACAUCCCAUACAAAUGUUUAUUAAGUAAGAAAACUCAUGUAAGUAUGGAGCAAACUCUCUAAGCUCUAUGCAAAAGGCGAGAGCGUAGAGACACAUAGGGUAAUCUAUUGUACAAUAGCUCCUUUAAUAUUAUUUAAAGCAGUUGCGACUUUCCUACAUAAAGAAGUGACUAUGACGGUGCUCCAUAGGGCCAAUCGUUGGUUAAACACCCUACAAGGUGAAAAUAAUGUAUUAAAUUUUUCAUUAGAAUUAUUUUCUAAUUCAUUUUUAUUUAAAUAGUAUUAUUACGUUUACAACAGGUCUAAUUCUAGCCAAAGUAUACCAAUGAUUUUUGAGCUAUUUUAUUUGUAGAUGAAUUAAGUUGUUAAUAGUUACUCGUUAGUUUAAAUCGGCUUUUUUUCUGUUAUUAGUUAUUUAGUUAUUUUUAAAACAUACAGUAAGUAUAUUUUCUAUUGAUCUCGCAAAAGCCUAGCGAAGCCCGAAAUUCGAAGUUUUGUUUGCCUCUCUGUCACGCUUGCACAUUUGAGAGAUUAAAAGGGAGAUAGACAAAACUUCGAUUUUACCAUGUGCCUCACAUUAUUAGCGAGGUAACAACUGAGAAUGAAACCUUACCAGCGGUAACAAGUGGGACUUUUUUAGUAUAGUUUCUAUUUUCCUCCGUGAGCUUCUACGGAUUAUCGUCUUAUCUAUUGUUUAAAAACCGCAAAGGCGCGUGCCACUAUGAAAAAAUGGUCAAGCCGCAUAGGUAGCGUUUAUUGAAUUACUACUCUAUUGAGCACGGAAUAAGAUUCAUUAUGAACUAAUACAGAAUUCUAACAGAAUAGCUGUCUGAUCUCUAUUGGUGCGUCUAAGGUAGGCGACUAAACGCUCUCAAACCAGCUUAACUUGUGACACUGCGAUCCGAAACAAAGAUACGUAUUCGAAGACCUCGCUUGCACUGGUAAUGCGAGCGCACGGCUAGCUAGCGCCAAGGAAGAAAUGUUAUGUUUCUCGAGGAGCAGGUAAAAAAACAGGGCCGGAUUUUCACACAAAUAUAUUUGGGUGGUUUUACGAAAUAACGCUAACUCUUCAGACUUCUAACAAACUGACACUGUUUGUAUGGUUUGCUUGAAAGAGUUAGCGUGAUUUGACUCUAAACGAUAUGCAUAUUUUGUUUUAUAUUUAUUUAUUUUAUGCAUACACUAUUAUGUAUAUGUUACUUAUUUUUUUGUUGACUCAUAAUAUAAAUUUGUAUAAAUGUUUUACUAAAUGUGUACUCAUAUAAUUAUAACAUAUAGGUCUAUUUUAACAUUAGUAGUACGGGAUUGUUAAAUGGAUAUACAUAUUGAUUACUAUUUUACCAUUGUUUUAUUGUUUAUUUAAAAUUAGCCUGUUUAAAGUUUAAAAUUAGCAAACAACUGUUUAAACAGUUGAUUAUAAAAAUGAGUAUAUCUCGUUAUUAUUGUAAUUACACAAACCCAUUCUGUUAGAUGUGUACCUACUAUUUAAAUAGUGUUAUGUUUUAUCUCUUUAAAUUAAACAACGUAAAACCACCCAAAUAUAUUUGUGUGAAAAUCCGGCCCUGUUUUUUACCUGCUCCUCGAGAAACAUAACAUUGCUUCCUUGGCGCUAGCUAGCCGUGCGCUCGCAUUACCAGUGCAAGCGAGGUCUUCGAAUACGUAUCUUUGUUUCGGAUCGCAGUGUCACAAGUUAAGCUGGUUUGAGAGCGUUUAGUCGCCUACCUUAGACGCACCAAUAGAGAUCAGACAGCUAUUCUGUUAGAAUUCUGUAUUAGUUCAUAAUGAAUCUUAUUCCGUGCUCAAUAGAGUAGUAAUUCAAUAAACGCUACCUAUGCGGCUUGACCAUUUUUUCAUAGUGGCACGCGCCUUUGCGGUUUUUAAACAAUAGAUAAGACGAUAAUCCGUAGAAGCUCACGGAGGAAAAUAGAAACUAUACCAGUUGUUCCUCUGAGGAACCACGUUCGACGUAUUGCCUCCCUGUCACACUCGCGUACGAAUUUAUGAGUGCGACACAGAGGCACGUCGAACGUGAUUUGCGGUAGGCCCUCUGGGGGCCUACCGCGAAAACCGAAAUUCGCAAAUUGCGGGGAUCUUUCUCUUUUACUCUCACUAAGACGUAAUUAGAGUGACAGAGAAAAAUGCCCGCAAUUGACGAACUUCGAUUUUCCCGGUAGCCGCCCUGGUGUGGACAAAGCCAACUAAAAUGAAGCAGCGUUGGUAGGACGCUGCCGUUAGACGAGCCUCAAAGGCAAGUUCCAAUGGUAGCGUUAUAGCUAAGUCACUUCACCAAGGCGCAGAAUUGUAACACAUUAUUGUUACGUUGACGACCAAUAUCGCUUAAACCAUUCGCCUUUGUGUAAUGACAUAUCUAUACCUACAUACGUAUUUAUGACUGCGAACGACUACAAUAAUAUUAGCUUUUAAGGUCUCAGUAUUCUAAACGGAAGGAUGCUUGUACAUUGUAAUGCACAUGUCGAGCUAUAACUAUCACAAUCUCGUGCUUUACAAGUAACCCUACAUCUAAACUUUGUCCACUGUAAUUAUUCAGUUUUGAAUAAAUUUAUACGCGCGAUACGAGCCUGCGAAACUUAUAUAUCGUUAUUUCCAUAGUUUCUUAGUGUUGAACGCUGAAGGGCUACUUAGGCAAGUUUAUGUUAAGGUGUUAUACUUCAUAAAAUAUAACACCUUAAACUAUAAGAAUGUUAGCAAGGACACUAACAACCAUUUUAAAAGCUUACUAUAAAGAGAUAAGGCGUGCAAAUGAGUUCAAGAUAAAAAACUUAACUAAUCAUUGUCAGCCCUUAUUUAUUUGCAGUUAGGUUCCAUCCAUAACUAUUAGUGAAGGCUAUUUAAUGCCAAAGUGGUACACUGUAGUGGCAAUGCAAGCUAGAGUCAGACCAAGCUAAGUUGGCAGCGAUUUAGAUAGCCCAGCCUGUACAAGUGUUAAGUAAACGUCAUAAUUUCAUAGAAGUUUGGCGUUUAAAAUAACACUUGCACUGUCUGGGCUAUCAAAAUCGCUGCAAACUUAUCUCGGUCUGACUAUCAAGCUAUGUGCUGACGUAAAGAUUAAUCAUUUGAGUACCGUCAACCAGGGUAAAUAGGGUAAUAACCGGGAAUGACUGUUACCUUAUAAUUUCUUUUUCCUACUCCUCUACUGUUAUCUGUCAUUUAUGCAUUCAUUAACACGAAUAUAAGAACAUACAUAAAAGAUUUCAAGAAAAGUCUAUAUUGUCUAUUCCUCAUAAAAGCUCUUGUGCUUUUAUAAGCUAUAAUGUUACUGCGAUUAAUGGCUACCAACCUAACAAAACCAAAACGAAUACAGUUUUAAACUAAGUGCAUUGCUGCCAACGUACAAAAUAUUCAUUUGGUUGCACAGUAAAAAUAAUUACUUCAUAAGUCAGAAACACGCAUGUGACACCCGUAAUAUAGCAACACCCAUAGACUACGAAGACCGCUUAGCGUUGCUUGUUAGUCUCCGUAGGCUACGGUGGCCAAAAUUGAGAAAAAACUGUCCAAAAAAUUAAUUUAGCAAGUAGCAAGUACCAGGGCCUCAUGAGUUACGAGGAGGUCUCGCUGACCAAAAAAUUAAUUUAGCAAGUAGCAAGUACCAGGGCCUCAUGAGUUACGAGGAGGUGUCGCUGACCGGCCGGCCGCGGCCCGGGGCGGGCCGGGCGCGUAACAAGGUAUGCUCGCGCGUCUUGGCUAUAUACUUUUGCUGUAAUUUGUUUACCUAAAUUAAGAUUUAUUUUUGUUGACUCGUAGGAAAAAUAUUGUAUGCAACGUUGUAUAAGUAAGACAAAAAAUUCUCGUGGCGUAUUCCUUUACAAUGUUCGCCUACGCCUUCGGCUCCGGCUCACAUUGUAACUCACGCCACUCGCCUAUUUUGACCCUUCUUAUACAACUGUUGCAUAAAAUACUAAAAACUCACACACAUUUUAUCAUACAAAAUCUACAUUUAUACAUGAUUCAAUCUCUGUGGGUAGUUUUUAAGAAAUUACCAGUACCUAUCAGGUGAAAUGUUAUGACCGGGUUUUAUACAUAUUCGAUUCGCCACGGUUGACGAUAUGUAACACCUAAUAAAGAUGUCAGCGUUUGUCUUCGAAGUGUGUGAAUUUAAUAAUACAUAAUGCUCUAAGUAUAUAAGACACUUUUAUUAAGGCGAUUAGAUGACGCAAAUUAUAAUCACGUAUUUCGCGGAAACUAACGUAAUGUUCAGCAGUCUCAUAAAACUAGCUGCCUCUAUUAAAAGAACGUGUCUUUGUUAUUUGUAAACUUGAUAGCGCUGUAAAAAUCGCCUUUGAAUAAUAUCGGUUGAGAUCCCCUCAACUUAAAAAGAAAAGACACAUUAUUACAGAAACCAACCAAGUUUCUGGCUAUUAAAUACUAAGAAGCAUUUUACAAUGUAAUGUACCGAUACAAUAUUAUGAGUACCUUAAUGUUAAAUCGGAUACAGCCCGUCACAGACGGACUGAUACUAUACCAAAAUAUAUUUCAUAGCAAGGCAUCUUACGAUAUAUAUAUAUAUAU